AUGGCCAGCGAAUCGUCGUCGGUGCCGGUCUCCAUCCUGACUGGCUUCCUCGGCGCUGGCAAAACGACGCUGCUGCGCCACCUCCUCACGGAGAAGCACGGGCUACGCAUCGCCGUCAUCCAAAACGAGCUCUCGGCGACGUCUGGUCUCGAGGCGUCGACAAUGCAGGGUCCCGGCGGCGAGACGUUUGACCGGUGGAUGGAGCUGGCCAACGGGUGCGUCUGCUGCGAGGUGCGCGACGAGCUGCCCUUUGCGCUCGAGCGGCUGAUGGAGGCCACGAACACAUUAGAUGGGAGAUAUGUCCGGCCGACUGUAGGCAUGGCGGACCCCGGCCCCGUCGCGGCGUCGCUAUGGCUGGACGACGCGCUCGAGUCCCCUCUCGAGCUCGACGGAGUCAUCACGCUUGUCGACGCAGCUGUCCACGCCCACCGCCAGCUACACACCGUCGAGUGCUCUCGGCAGAUCGCCUCGGCAGACACACUCCUUCCCCUGCAGGCGGGCGUCGACCUCGACCGGCUCUGCGCGCGGCUGCGGGCGAUCAACGCGGUCGCGCCGCAGCUGCGCGCGUCGCACUCGCAGCUGCCCGUCGCUUCGAUCCUCAACCGCAGAGCCUACGCGCGCGAAGGGCCUCCGCCGCUAGACGCCGAGGACGCACCCGCGUAUUCCGACCAGCGCUCGAGAGGACACGUGUACCGCGCAAAGGGGGAGUUGGCGGUGGCGGACGAGGAGGUGGGGGGCGUGGUCGCGAGAUACACGCUGCAGGCCGUGCAUGAGACCUGGGAGCUGGAGCGCGGCCGGCCUUGGGGUGAGGAGGAGGUGGCCGAGAGCCGACUCGUCUUCAUCGGCCGCAACCUCGACGAGGCGACCUUGCGCGCAAUGCUGCUGGCGUGUGUGGCGUGCGAGACCGAGAGGCGGUCGUGA